CACUACGUCUGUUUAAAAUCAAGCAGGUUUUAGGGUAUUUGGAAUAUUUAAAGCUUAAAUAUAAGUAAAAAAAGUGAAUGUUGGUUAAGUGAGCUGACUAAUUGCAUUCCAAGUUUUGGAAUCGACCAGAGCUCUCAGCUUUAUUUUUGAAACAUACAUUCCCGUUUACCAUACCCAUAUUUUAAAGAGUUGAAACGAAAGUAUUCAAAUGAGUGCGAAAAGAAAGAGUAACGCCAGGGAAGGUACUCCUGACGAAGAUUUGGAAGAGUUUAGCGACUACUCAGAAGGUGAUGAUUAUGAUGAUGAUCUUUACACUCCUACAGCAAGAAUUAGAGCAUCGUCCACUAAACCCUCCAAGAACAAACCUUCUGAUGGAAGUUCUCAGCGGACUGCUACUGGAGUUUCCUCUAUGUUUGGACAAAACGACUUUUCAGCUCUUCUUGGUUUAAAGCUUGAUCAUCAAGCACGACCCCUAUGGAUUAAUCCUGUUGAUGGAAGAAUUAUUUUAGAAGCUUUCUCUCCUUUAGCAGAGCAAGCCAUUGAUUUCUUAGUCACAAUAUCAGAGCCAGUUUCUCGUCCUGCGUAUAUUCACGAAUAUAGAAUUACCGCUUACUCAUUAUAUGCAGCGGUUAGUGUUGGUUUGAAAACUGAGGAUAUUAUUAGUGUUCUUGAUCGUUUAUCGAAAACACCCAUCCCUCAAUCCAUUGUUGAAUUCAUCCGCGCUUGCACUGUGUCUUACGGUAAGGUAAAGUUAGUCUUGAAAAAGAAUCGAUACUUUAUUGAAAGUGGGGAUGCUAAUGUACUUCGUCUUUUGCUUCAAGAUCCUGUCAUUGGACCCCUUCGAGUUGAUACUUCGCUAACUAAGUCGAAAUCCUCAAAACCACAGCCAGACACUGAAGAAGCUUCUUCCGUAGAUACUGGAAAUGUACCUAAUGGAGAAACACCAGCUGAAAACGGACAAGAUUCUUCUGACCUAUUAUUUUCUGCUGUUGUCGGAUUGCAAGAGGAAGAGGAUGACGAAGACGCGGUUCACCUUUUUGAAAUUAAACAUUAUUCAGUGGAAACUAUUAAAAAGAGAUGUGCCGAGAUUGACUAUCCUUUGCUGGAAGAAUAUGAUUUUCGAAAUGAUAACAUCAAUCCAGAUUUACCUAUUGAUUUAAAACCAAGCACUCAAAUUCGUCCGUAUCAAGAAAAGAGUUUGAGUAAAAUGUUUGGCAACGGUCGUGCUCGUAGUGGUAUCAUUGUUUUGCCCUGCGGUGCUGGAAAAACGUUAGUCGGUAUUACAGCUGCUUGUACUAUCAAAAAAUCUGUAAUUGUGCUGUGUACUAGUUCUGUGUCAGUAAUGCAAUGGCGUCAACAAUUUCUUCAGUGGAGCAACAUCAAAGCAGACCACAUCGCUGUAUUUACCGCUGACCAUAAGGAACGAUUUCAUAGCGAAGCUGGUGUGGUUGUGUCAACGUAUUCUAUGGUCGCCAAUACAAGAAACCGUUCUUAUGAUUCCCAGAAAAUGAUGGACUUUUUGACUGGACGUGAAUGGGGCUUCAUCUUGUUAGACGAGGUACAUGUGGUUCCUGCAGCGAUGUUUCGUCGUGUCGUCACUACGAUUGCUGCUCAUUCAAAGUUAGGAUUGACUGCUACGCUUGUUCGUGAAGAUGAUAAAAUUGACGACUUGAACUUUUUGAUUGGUCCUAAAAUGUAUGAGGCAAAUUGGAUGGAUCUUGCCCAGAAGGGACAUAUUGCAAAUGUACAAUGUGCAGAGGUUUGGUGUCCGAUGACUACCGAAUUUUAUAAUGAAUAUCUUAGAGAAAACUCGAGAAAGCGAAUGCUAUUAUAUAUUAUGAAUCCCAAAAAAUUUCAAGCCUGCCAGUUCUUAAUCGAUUACCAUGAAAAGAGAGGUGAUAAAAUCAUUGUCUUUUCUGAUAAUGUAUAUGCCCUACGUGCUUAUGCAUUAAAAUUAGGAAAAUACUUUAUUUAUGGUGGUACACCUCAAUUAGAAAGAAUGCGCAUCUUGGAAAACUUUCAAUAUAACGAGCUUGUGAACACGAUCUUUUUGUCAAAGGUUGGUGACACGUCAAUUGAUCUUCCUGAAGCUACCUGUUUAAUCCAAAUUUCAUCCCAUUAUGGAUCUCGUCGUCAAGAAGCUCAACGAUUAGGCCGUAUCCUUCGUGCCAAGCGAAGAACCGAUGAGGGUUUUAAUGCUUUCUUCUAUAGUCUUGUUUCAAAGGAUACCCAAGAAAUGUUCUAUUCGAGCAAAAGACAAGCUUUUUUAAUCGAUCAAGGUUAUGCCUUUAAAGUCAUCACAAACUUGAAGGGAAUGGAGUAUUUACCAAAUUUAGCCUAUGCCUCGAAAGCUGAACGAUUGGAGCUUUUGCAAGAAGUUUUACUUCAAAACGAAGAAGCAGCUUCUUUGGACGAAGGUGAUGAUUCCUCGGGUUUUGGCGCUAGAAUGUCCAGAGGCCCUGCUAAAGCAAAGCGAAGCAGCGGUUCUUUGAGUACACUUGCUGGUGCUGAUAAUAUGGCAUACGUUGAAUAUAAUAAGAGUGCAAACAAGCAGCUUCGGAAGGACAAUAAGGAGCAUCAUGCUCUUUUUAAAAAGCAUUUAUACAAUCGGAAAAGAUAAUGGGUACUUCUUUUUUUUUGUUUUAGUUAACGUAUUUGAUCCUCUAUGUAAAUUUAUUAACAGGUUUAUGCUUAACUUGAGUCUAUCAACUAUUUAUGAAUAAAAUAUUAAAAUUUAUAAUUCCU